AUGUAUGAUUUGCACCUGUCGAACAAAUUCUCUAUUUCUGAAUACGGAUUGAUGUCCACCAAGAAAGGGGAGAAGGUACUUCUUGAUCCAUCUGUUUUAGUGACAGAAUUCUUUAAUUAUAAGUUUGCUUUUGAAAAUCUUUUGAUGUAUGUCAAGAGACCAUACACUUUGCCCUAUGACAUGAUCAGUCCAGUUUCGUAUAUUCUCUCCCACAAGAAACAAGAUGGAUAUUUAUUUUACGAACAAUACCUUGCCCACAAUCUUUCUGAAUCAAUUGCAUACAGCCUAUUUCCUUUUGUAAAACUCACUCCAAGAACCUAUCUAGAUAUUGGUAGCAAGAAAUUUGAACAAGAGGCCAUUCUCUGCAGCAAAGUUUACAAAGGAAAGAUUGGUGAUAAUAAUGUGGUAAAGAAGGUAUUCAGUGAUGUUAAAAUUGGAGAACACGAAUAUGAAAUCCUUCAAAAACUGAACUCGCAUCAUGGAACAGUUGAUCUUGUACACAAGGAGCAAACAUCUGAAUCUUUUCAUUUGUAUUUGAAAUUAAUGGAUUUCUCAUUGGAAAAUUGUCGAAUUACUGAAUUUGGAAAUAAUAGUUUUGGUAAAUUAUAUCAACUGCUGAUGGUAUUUGUAAAGUGUGCCAAUACUUUGAAUUAUAUGCACAAGGAGAAAAUCAUCCAUUACGAUAUCAAACCUUCCAAUAUCUUAAUAGACAUGGUUGAUGUGAAUGGAUUGCAGCUUGUUGGUGAUGUAAAAAUUGCUGAUUUUAACGUUUCAGAACAAGUUGAUAAUUAUCAAUCAACAACAGCAACUGCUUCAGGAACAUCCCAUUAUAUG